AUGAAGAUCGGAGAAGACCAGUGGGUUGAUGCUGAACUUGCGCCGGCUUACGCCUACGCACGGGCAUCCAAGCUGUUGAACAUCCCAGAAGAGUUUCGAGCGAAGAAGAAGCAACUCCAGCAAAAGGCUUCGAAGCCGUGGCCACCUGCUGGGUAUCCAUGGGCAGAGACAGGGGCCCAACCACCAAAGUCGGAAGAGUCACUACCUGAUGUGGGUGGUCCUACUGGUUUUGUGGCGGAACCCGCCCCAAAGGAUGACGAUGUUAUCGUUACUCAGGGUGAAGGCACUGAAGCCACAGAGCCUACUGAGACCAUUGAGCCUACCCAGAAAAAGAUUGCCAACGUCAAGAAGACUUGCGCGGGCAAGCCGGGUUGGAUCAGGCGCACUAAGCGAAACAUUUUCCGUGAGUUCAUCGAGGAGGAUGAAUCGCACACCAAGAACAAACAUGUCAAAAAGGCUGACACUGACAAUUUCGAUAUGCUGGGUGAAGGUACCUCGGGGAAGAACAAAAGGAAGUCAGUCCCUGAUGCCACCCGCGAGCCCGAUGAUGAAGUUGAGAAGAACAUCAAGUCAGCGAAAUCUGCAGCCCCGCAUUCCAAUAAGGAUUCUGGGGAUGAGGCUUCGUCGUCCGACAGCGAUGACGGCAAGGAGCAGGAGAAGGUGCUCAAGCACCUCCAGUUCCCAGAGAUUGAAGGUGGCAGCUUUUCUGCCAACAUGUGCCCCAAGGUGUUGCGAUGCUUGUCCAAGAGGUUGCGCGACAAAGUGGAAGGCCUCAUCAAAGAGUUUGGUGCGGUCCAGGACCGAUUGCAGAACAGCUACACCAAAGGGUUGGUCGACGGUUUUGAUCGACCGCUGGUUCCUCAGGCAAUUGAAGCUUAUGCACUGGAUGAUCGUAUCAAGUGGGGCUCCCAGUUAAUGACUGUCUGCAAGCCUGUGAAAACCCAGGCGCACCCGAAGGCCACCCCCAAGGCCAAGGCAAGUUUGGCAAAGGCCAAAUCCGCACCGGCCCACACGCCUGGCAAAGGCCAGAAAGCCAAGGACCAUGCCUGCAAAGUGAAACGGUCAAUGGUCGCGAGCAACCUCAGCCGAAAACGGGACAGAGACGAAUUGCCAUCUGAAGAAAAGUUGAGGGAUGUACGGAAUUCAGAACGUGACCUCCACAAGCACUUUGUUCGCUUGGGUUUAUCCUUACCGGUUCCUAUUCGAAAGCUAGAGCACACUCUGUCGGAUGGGGCAUCCGUGGUCACUGAAUACAUGAACCCAUCAGAUUGGCUAAGUUUACUUUUGAAAAGGUACCCGCAACUCAUUGCUGGGGGCGCUUCGCCUUUAGAGGAUCAACUGGAAGGAUUUUGGGAAGCCUACCGCCUGCAGCAUCCAUCCCAUGAAGUUUUUCAAAAGCAAUGCCAGCUUGGGGUGAUGAGGGCCGAGGGCCCAGAAGGAGUGGCUACUUGGAAGGUACCAUUGAGUGCCCCCUUGGUCUUUCAGAGCAGGAUGUUGAUUGCUCUUGCUGUCAUUCACUCCAGUCUUUGCCCAGCCACUGGCCCCCAACAAAUUGAUUGUUUGACCCCAAAGAUGCGAAAGAUUGACAAGCUGGGGACAAAUUACUAUGGCCAUUCCUUUUUGAAGCGCUACUACCUGUUUGGGCUUCCUGGGUACCUGUAUGAUGGCAAGCCUGGAAUAAUUGAACAACAUUUGGAGGUUGUGGCUGCUGAUCUGGUUUCUUUUUUCAAUACAGGAGUUUUUGUUGGGGAGAAGCAGUACUUUGGUGCUUUAAUUGCAUCAAAAGGAGACAUGAAGUUCCAGUCCAAGACCAUUGCUUGGAUGAACCGGUCCUACAAUAACCUUGGAACCCGAAACCAUGCCGGAAUUUGUAGCCUAUGCAAGGCCGGAGAGGCCCACGUCCCCAUGGAAGACGUGCAGCUGGAACCGCAGUGGAAAGGCACCAUGUACUUGGAGCGACCCUGGAGUGAUGAUUGGGUUCCGGCUUUCACAAAAAUUCCCUUUGAUCCAGCUCGUCCGGAAUGGCUGUAUAAACUUGAUUUCUUUCAUUGUUUCAAAGUAGGGCUGGGGAGAGACCUGGUGGGAUCCGGUCUUGUCUGGCUGUGUGAACUCGGCAUCUUUGACUAUGAGAAUUCCAGUCAAAACAUAGAUGACAGGCUUUGCAGAUGCCAUUCUCAUUUCAAACUCUGGGCUUUGACCGAAAAGUAUUCACCAGCUCGCCGUUCAUUUACCAAGUCUUUCAUGAAUCGGAAGACAUCAAUGGAUGCUGCCUGGAGCAACAGUAAAGGCAGUGACACGAUGAUUCUGCUCAAGUACUUGCGCUUUCAACUUUCUUUGGUGAUUCGGGAUGCAGGGACAGCAGUUGCGCAGCAUGUUCAGAUUUUGACACUUUUGCGUGAUGUUGUUGACCAGGGGAUUCAGAUGUGUGAUCUGAUCUAUUCCCACAAUAUCCUCCUUCCAAGGAAGUGUGCCUCCCGGCUGUAUCUACACAUCAUGGUUCUGAUCCGUGGCUACAAACGUGUGGCCGCACAUUGCUUGCAGCACAAUUUCUCAGGGUUCCGAUUGAAAGCAAAAUUACAUGCCAUCGCCCACAUUGGGCUGGAAAUCCGCGAGGGGCUGAAGACUGCAGCAGCACGUCUGCUGAACCCGGUGAUAUGGGCUUGUGAAUUGAAUGAGGAUCACAUUGGUCAUGUUGCCAGAGUGUCACGGAAGUUGGCUACUAAAACGUUAGGUCUUAGAAUGGCUCAAAGAUAUCUGCUGAAAUCCAAAGCGAUUUUCAGGCGGCAUUUUGCCAAACAAAAAUUCACGAAACCAAGAAAGGGUUGA